AUGGCGGCUGGUUCAUCCUCCAACACUUUAGGACAAACUUACGGGUCACACAUACACACCGUCGAGAAGCGUCUUAUCACCAACGCGGACGCAUCAGUUAGUGCAUUGGAUCGGAUUUUCGGGCCCAGUGGUUGGGAUGCACAAGGAUGGAGCGCAUUGCAGGCGGCGGAAGAUAGAAUUGGUGGAGAUGAAGCAAUGAGACGGGACCCGACACUGAUACCGGUUUGGAGCAUAGAGGCCUUAUUUCAUAAGAAUAAGAGAGGGCCAACAAUCCCAACCAACUUAUUUUUUACGCUUCUCACAACUACCGUGGCGCAUUAA